AUGGAGUGGUUGAUUAGGAAUGGAGGAAACGCGGAGAACAUGCCAGGAUAUGAUUGCAAACUAUCAGACAGAAAACCCGGAAAGUCAAAUAGUGCGAUUGGUUGGACAUUCAUCACUUAUGGGGUUGUAGCAGAGAUCAUCUACGCACUGGAUAUGAUAGUGAUGAUGAGAAAACGACACCGUACUCUUUCCUGCUAUAAAAUUAUGCUAUGCUUAGGUUUCUUCGAUAUGGCAGCAAUUGUAGUCAACUCCUUAAUUACUGGAUACCUUUGGCUUAAAGGAAGCAACUACUGUACAAAUCCGACAUUUAUUUUUGUAGCUGGCACUGCAGGAACUGGUGAGCUCACCAUAGCAGGGCUGCUUAGUAUAGCGAAAAGUCCAUCUGCUACUCCAGCAUAUUCACUACUUGAGUACCCUGCACACUGGGCCCCGUCGCCUCAGACGUUGGACAAUAUGGUGUCCGAAGUGAUUGGCAACGAGAUGUAUCGGAAUGGAAACGGCAAUCGUUUCAACGGCGUGUUGUACCAUCCUUUCGUGGUGAUUAUGACCACCGCUUCUUUCGUACAAAAAUACGACUUAUCCACACGAAGGAAAACAACAUCUGCUACCAAGAAAAGAAAUCUUCGACCAUUGCGUACUCGAGGACUCCUUGUCCCAAGGCAGAAGAAGAUUCUGGAAGCAGCACAAAGAAGAAUGAGUCUACAGAAGCGUCACAGGGAAUUCCGCGAAUAUAAUAUUCCGCUUGCUGAACGAAGACCCGCACCUCUUGUCGUCGUGAGGAAUGCAAAUCAUUACGGAAAGAUUCUACUCGAACAUUUUCCGUUCAUCAACUCCUACCAGUGGAAAUUUUCGCGAACUAUUGUUAUUCAUGGGAAAGGUGCCCGAAAGGACUUUCGGAACUACCGUCCGAAAUGUUUGCUGAUCGUUUUGCACAAAAUAUUCAUCAAGAUCAUUCUCACGCGUACAUCUAUGACGCUAGAUGGAGCCCACCUUCACGAACAAGCUGGAUUCCACCAGAGGUUCAACUGGUUGGACAAUAUUUACCGCCUGGCCCUUGUCCUAACCUUCGUCGACUAUGAAAACGCCUUCGACAGCGUAGAAACGAAUGCAAUACUGUCAGCGCCUGUCGAUCAAGAUGUGGACGCGUCGUAUGUGAGGACAAUACCCAAUUGCUACGUUCGAUGCACCACUAGGAUACAGCUUUUCCACCGCUUUAUCAACAUACCUAUCGGAAAGGGGGUACGACAAGGCGAUACUACAUCGCCGAAGCUGUUCACUGCUGCAUUACAAUGGAUAAGGAAACCAGUGGCUUUGGAAGAAGGCAUACAUGUUGGCAGAAGAUUCCCCUCAAACUUCCCUUUUGCGGACGACAUAGUUCUUUUUUCGAGAAGUACCAAUGAAGCAGAGACCAUGCUCAAGAAGCUGGACGAAACAAGGAAGAGAAUAGGAUAA